CCUAACCAUUCAAUCCUCUCACCAACAACUUCAUCAUUCUCCACCCAUUUCCAUUUUCUCUCACUCUCUAACAUACACUACUGCAAACACAGUAUUACACUUCACUCACAGUCACUGUGCGUGUACCGCUACUCCCACUCGCAUAAAUCACACAGUAGCAACCCCAACAGUACAUGAUCCACGCCACACCAUGGCUUCCGCCUGCGUCAACAACAUGGGACUCGUCCCGCCGCCCGAGAACUUCUCCUAUGGCAGCUGGCUCAGUCCCCGUCUCUCAUUCAGCAAAGAGGAACCUUCUGGAUCCAAGUCAUCAGACCCGAUCCACGACCCGGAUCCAGAACCCGACUUUGAGUUCCGCGGUCUCGACGGACCCCCCGCUGCGAUGCUCUCCGCCGACCAGCUCUUCUCCGACGGGAAGCUCGUACCCCUCAACCUACCAUCCCUAAACAGCACCACCACUACCAACCACAAAAACAACCCCUCCUCAUCGCCGGAAACAACCAACCUUCGCCGGAGACUCGAUUCCUCCUCCUACUCCGCGGCCGGCGACUCACUCACCGGCGCGGACCCUUACCUCUUCUCUCCUAAAGCCCCGAGAUGCUCUAGCCGCUGGAGGGAGCUCCUCGGCCUCAAGAAGCUCUACCAAAGCACAACCGUUUCAUCUAAAGCGACGACGUCGUCGUCUUCGUCGUCUUCGUCAUCUAAAUCAUUGAAACUCUUCCUCCACCGUGGCGCCGCCUCGAAACCGACGUCGUUUUCCUCCGAAAACGCGCCGUUGCUGACGAAGGACCAUUCAGAUUGUGAAUCCCUCUCAAUCUCUUCCUCACGCCUCUCUCUAUCAUCCUCUUCCUCGGGCCACGAGCACGAAGAGCUUCCACGACUCUCAUUAGACUCCGAAAAACCAAACCCUAACACAAACCCGAACCCGAUCUCGCUCCACCGUAACCCAAACCACCCACGGAUCCGGCUCGUAAAGCCCCGGGCGAACUCAUUCGACGCGAAACCGGGAUCUUCGGACCCGCACACGACGAACCGGGUGGGGCGGAGCCCGAUCCGAAGAUCAGAAUCAGGUCCCGGAGCUUGCAGUAGGGGCGUGUCGGUGGACAGCCCGCGGAUGAACUCUUCUGGCAAGAUCGUGUUCCAGAGCUUGGAACGGAGCUCAAGCAGCCCAAGCAGCUUCAACAAUGGCGGCCCAAGGUUCAAGCAGAGGGGAAUGGAGCGGUCCUACUCCUCCAACGUUAGGGUCACUCCAGUUCUCAACGUUCCGGUCUGUUCUCUCCGUGGCAGUUCGAAAUCCGGUUCGGUUUUCGGGUUCGGGCAGCUUUUCGGUUCACCACAGAAGAAGGAAGGUGGUUCAGUUGGCAAUAAUAAUGUUGGAGGAGGGAGUAAGGGUAGGAACCGUUGCGAUCGAAAUUGAGUCAAAUGACACAAGAAAAAAAAGUAAAUGAAAAGAGAGGGUAACAGUUGCUUAGGGUUUAAUUUUUAUUUUUGAUCCUUUUUUCUGGUCCUUUUUUUGUUACUUCUACUAAUUAAUCUGUGUUGUUUUUUUGGUUCUUCUAAUGUUUGGAAUGGAGAUAUUGCAGGGUAUUGGUGAUUGAUUCGGAGAGGGGGAAGGGACUAGUUGCUUUUUUUGGUUGUUUUUAAUUAACAGGAGCCUUAGAUUCAUGUAAAUAAUGGUCAAUUUUAGAUGAUGCUGAUAAUUAUGAUGAUGUUUUUCCUGUUUAUGUUUCUAACUUUGUUGAGAUUUUUCCAGUGCAAUUCUAUGGCUGCUGCUUGUAAUUUUUUCUGACCAGGAACACAUGGAAUGGAAUCUACAAAUUCUCUUUCGCUCUUUCUUUUUACUAAAUGUGAAUUUUUAUUUAUUUUCUUUUUAAAAAAUUCAAGAUCUGUAGACUGUAGUAGUACACAGUAGUAGCAUCAUGUUGUGCUUAUCUAGUCUGUCCGCAUCUAAGUUUUUUUUUUUACAGUUUUUAAUUGAUCUUUUUCCUUUUAAACAUUUUUCUUCCUUUAGUUGUUUUUAGUGUGUGAAGUUUUGGGAAAUGAUGCUAAGAUUCAAACAAAGGCGCCAGCUCUGCUGAAUUAUUUUAUUGCACUGGUAGAAUUUACUCACUGGGCUGAGUGGUCGGUGGUCCACACAUGAGCUGAGUGUGUGACCUUGAUGGAAGAUUCAAUUGAGGUGGGUCAAGUUUCUUUACUUUUAAUCAAAAUGUGUACUUUGAUUGGGGACAUGGUAUAAGUUCCCAGAAGGGAUUACCAUCCUUCAAUGAAUAAUUUAACAUGAUCUCACCAUUAAGUUUACUUUUUGUGUGUGUCCCAAGAUCUUGGUGGAUGGAUGGGAGAACAUCCACAAAUUUGGUCAUCUUUGUUCUCACAUGUUUAUUUUUCAUUUUUAUCUAUUUGAUAAAAUUGUUUCACUUCAAUCUCCCAUUGAAGUGAAAAGAUCUAACACCCAAGAGACAUGAUUAUCCUGGUAUGGGUCCAUCUCUAAUUAGAUAUGGUAGGUCCAUUUGCUGUGUGCUGCAAAGCAAUAUAUAUGCUAUCCAAGUGCAUUAUUGAAGGAUAUAAUGUUCAAAAGUUCAUUGCCUUUGGACCCCUUCUCUUCUUUAUCUUAUUCUCCCCUUUGUGAUGGAAAUGGUUUCUUGUUCCGUGGUACUAUGGGGCUAGACAUGGUAUCACUUGAUUAACAUUGAAUUAGACCUUAUCUAGUUAGUUGCCUUUAUUGAUUCACCAUUCAUGAAUAAGCUUCCACAUAUCGAUUACUACCCGUUUGGAAGAUUUUGAACGCUUCCUUUCCCUCUCCUACAGGACUUGGACAAUAGACAUCAACCUAACAAUUCUCAACAAAAGAAGCCAUAUAAAAGAAAACAAAAAUACAAGGAAAGGAAAAUCGUAAUCACUCUUCAAUGCUUCUCAAUAGCAUUUUUGAACAGAAAUAUGCUAAAAGCCUAAAACCACGUGGCUAACAUGUUGCCACACUUUUGAGCCUACCCACCGUAAGCCAGAUCACAUGUGGAUGGUUCUGCGGGUUUUAAUUAUUUAAUAGAGUAAUUUCAUAUUCGGCUCUAUGUAUAAUGAAUGAUGACAGUAUUAGUAAUAAAUUUUAAUCAUUACUCUACUUUUAAAUCUACACAACGCAAUCUAUACAAAUCGGA